AUGGCAGAGGACGUGCCCAAGCCGCCGCAGCUCAGCAUGCCCCUGGUCCUGGACCACGACCUGACCAAGCAGAUGCGGCUGCGCGUGGAGAGCCUGAAGCAGCGUGGGGAGAAGCGCCAGGACGGGGAGAAGCUGCUGCGGCCGGCUGAGUCCGUGUACCGCCUUGACUUCAUCCAGCAGCAGAGGCUGCAGUUUGAGCGCUGGGACGUCGUGCUGGACAAGCCGGGCAAGGUCACCAUCACGGGCACCUCCCAGAACUGGACACCCGACCUCACCAACCUCAUGACCCGCCAGCUGCUGGACCCUGCUGCCAUCUUCUGGCGCAAGGAGGACUCGGAUGCCAUGGAUUGGAACGAGGCUGACGCCCUGGAGUUCGGGGAGCGCCUGUCGGACCUGGCCAAGAUCCGCAAGGUCAUGUACUUCCUCAUCACCUUCGGCGAGGGCCUGGAGCCCGCCAACCUCAAGGCCUCCGUGGUCUUUAACCAGCUCUGAGGGCAGCUGCUUGCUGCUGCCCCCUCCCCGAGCCCGCCUGCCCUGCCCCCUGCCCGUGGCCCCUGCCCCCAGGCGGGUGCUCGAGGCCAUUCUUCUAGCCGCUGGCUUGUACUCAGCUCGCAUGGGACCCCCUGAGCCUGUGUCCUUCCUUCUCUCCUCUCCCUGGUGCUGGCGCUCCUGCUCACGGGAGGACGAUGCGAAGUACUUGUAGUCUAGAAGCUGAACCAGAGGCUGCUUCUGCUAAAGACCACGAAGCCUGGGGAGAUGGAGGAGCUUAAGCGCCCUUGUUUUCUCUCUGCUUCACUGUCCGGAGAGAGACUCAAAGAGACUGAGAGAGACAGACAGAGGCACAGAGACAAGAGAGAUCCAAGGCCCCUGCUGUUGGGCUUCCUCCGGAGAUAGGAGAUGGGGAGACCGAUGACAGAGCCUUGGGGAAUCCCUCCCAAUCACAGGGCAUUUUGCAGGAGUCGGAGGUGAACACUCAGCCCUGAGGACCCAGGAAGGCGCUCCUCCAUACCUGGACCUGGCAUGGUCCCAUGAUGCCCCAGGGGCCUCAGGACGUCAGGCAGGGUUACCGCAGGGGUUGGUGGGCAGUGGGGAGUGACUGGCAGGCUGGGGACUGUGCUUGCCAACUCUUGCUCUUCAGAGAAUGACUUGGGGAGGGAGAAGUGACAGGGAGAGGACAGAUAACAUGUUAUAGAGGGAUGUCUCUAUCUGUCCAUGUGCGUACAUAUUGAGAGAGAGCACGCUCUAUUCAUAUGGCUAUAUUCUAGAGUCUGUACCUGCCACCUGAGCAAGUCUGAUUUUAGAUGAUCUGUUACGUAGUUGCCCAGCUAGUUUGUGGGUGGCCCUUAGCAGGGACUUGGUAAAGAGGGGAGGGGAGCCCCCUGAGCUAAGAGCCUUUGAGGUGCCUCCAGUGAAGUGGGGAACAGUUUAGUGAAGGGGUCUCCCUCUGCCUGGGGAAGCUGGAUUGGUAGGAGCCCUGGAACAGGAGACUGUAGAUUCUUUGCUGGGACGUCAGCUUUUUCCCAGCAUUCCAGGCAGGGAAGGCCCAGGCCGAGGAGCCUCCUUUGAGGGAGUGGCCUGGCCUGCUGGCAUCUCAGGAAGUGACCCCAACACCCUGUCUCCGGGCCAGCCCUGGUUUUUUCUUGCCAGAAACAGGCCUGUGACAUUUUCCUCAUGAAGCAGAGCCAUCAAGGGCUGUAAGGCCCAGCAAACAGCCGCCCUGAGAGACAGAGGGUGAGAGCCGUCCCCCUGGAUGGGGCUGCGGGGAGGGCGAGCCCUCACUCUGGAAAUGUGCAAAGAGGAGCAGGGUGUUGGAGUCAGGAUUCUUUUUUAUAAGUUUUGUUUAUUUAUUUUAAGAGAGAAAGAGUGCACCAGUGGAGUAGGGGCAGAGA